UCUCAAACGAUUUGAGAAGAAAAAUGUUUCUCAUCAAAAAUAUGCAGACGCAAAACCUGUUUUUAAGCUCAACGAUGAAAAGUUUGGAUUUCAAAACGGUACGGUACGGCAUUGCUUUAGUUGUACCCAUGCCUCAAGGUAGAAAUGCCAAACCAAAGAUUUUAUAAACUCUUGACACUCUCCACAUUUCCCAUACACGGAAUUAAAUAUUUUAGCUUAAACUAAUUUUAUGGUCUCAAAUCCAUAGAGGUUCCGAAUAUCAGGCUAUAUUUCUUAUAUGAUGGAUAAAAUAUCAUAAAAUAAAUAAAUAUAAAAUAUGAUGGAUAAUAAAUCGGUGCAGUGGAAGUUGGCGUUUUUUCUUGUUUUUGUCUCAGCUUGUGCACAGCGUCGGUAUUUUGCCGGGUUCAAAGCGACAUACAAAGACAUGACCUCGAAUUACACUCAACUACCAUGGGAAAAUAAUAUCAAUAACAAUUGGCGCAGCAUUAAUUAUAUAUAUUUCUCAUAAUGUUUGUGCAAAACCUUUUCUCUAUAUGAUUAUGGCAAGAGAUAUAUAUAAACAAGCCGCCUCUGGAGUUUCCCAAUCCAAAGGUUUAUGUUGCCAUAAACCAACAGCUGCAGCGGCGAAUUUCCUGCUCACACAUCGUUGGAGGUUUUUUUAACAAACAUAAAAAAAAAUUAAAGUAUUGCGGUGGAAAAAAGUUGCCAACAACAAAAUGGCACACACUCGUAACUGUAAUACUAUGUGCUCAUAACGCGGCCCAGUGUAAUUGCAAUGCCGCCAAAAAAAUGAUUGUCUUUGCUCAAGCAAACCGGCUUCUGCGGCUGACCAAGUUUGCGAACACCAAACAGCAAAGUAAAAAAACUGAAGGCGACGUUACCAAUGACUGUGACAAAAGCAACAACAACAACAGCCACCACAAAUCAAUUAAGAGUGCAACAGCGAUGUUUGUACAAAUUGCAACGUCUGACUGGUUAGGUUAGGCUAACUGCCUGUGCGGUAAAACAACUAUAAUAACAACAACGACAGCAAAAGCAACCAGAAUUCGCAAUUGCAGUGGUUUAACGGGUAUUUAAAUGUACCGUUAUUUGACUGACAGCUCGCACAAAAGAGUUUAUGGCGCGUCAUUAGCAUACAGGUGCCAGUGCCGGGAGCGUUUGCGUGUGCGAGAAAGAGAGGCGCUGAGAAAUUGUUGUAUAGACAAAUGAGUUAAUUUGCAAAUAUAAGAUAAGAAACUGAGGAAAAUGUGGUAUGCCAUUAUGUAAAAAAAGAUCACAGUAUUAGUGCUGAUAACGAUUUGUGGAAAUAAAUGAGAAAAUUUGUAAAUUUCCUCGUAGGCAUUAACAGAAAGUUUCAAAAUAGUUUUACAUAAUGGAGCAACAAAAAAGUGAGUUGCAUAUAGACGCUUAUGAAUGAAGAGGAAAUACCUGCGUUUUGAACUCUGCACAGGGUACGAGUAUAUUAGGUUUGCCACGAAGUUUGUAACUCCCAGAAGGAAACGUCGGUCACUCUAUGCAGUGUAUGUAUAGAAAUGAUCACCGUGGCGAGCUGAGUCGAGUUAUCGAUCUGAACUAUUGCCCACGGUUUCUUCUCCUCAAGUAUCAGUAUAGCUGUCAUUCAAAGUGACUGCUCAGUCACGGUCAUCAACUACACAGCACCAAUAAGAUCGCAGAAUGCAUUUUGAUGUCUCCAGUUAAACACCUCCAUAAAGAGGCCUGCAUGCUUUCGGUUAAGGAACACAAUGCACUAUUUUCCAAGAAGUUUCUGCUGGAAUGUUUUCGCUCUACUGCAAUAUUCGGCUCCUAAGAGUAUCAAAAGGUCAAUCUGGUAAAACCUUUGUUAAAUUAAUCAGAGAUAAGAAAGCACAGAACCGUUAAAAUCGGCGAAACUGCAACAUUAUAAAUGCAUAACCAGAAGGCUCUCUCAAUGCUACAAGUAAGGCUAAAAAAGAAUGCAAUACUUGAGAAUAUCACGAGUAAUAAUGGAACACCGCCUGUUUGGAAAGUCAUUUUUAAUGUCAGGCAUACACUAAAUCUUUACUUUUCUUAAAAAUGUAUAUUCUUAGAAAAUCCACCCAAAAAUUACAAGUAUGUAUUUCAAGCAGUAGGUGAUUGAGUUCAGUAAAAUGACCGGCUCAAAUUUACCGGUGCGCUGCAUUUCAACGGAAUUAUUAUGCAUCUUAUAACAGCAAAUAACACCACGUACGAGUGUGGCGUGCCUUUUGCACGAGUACUAUGUGCAACAAGGUCAACUACUCCAACCAGAACUGCAUGCGUGUAUGCUAGCAGUGUGGACAUUAAAUGGCCCAGACAACUGCAACUGAAACACCUUUCAAAAAAAUUCUUUUUUGCAUUUAUUUUAUUUGCUGGAUUUGUGAGAACCUCUCUUAUUUUCUUGCUGAAAUUAUUUUGGUUGGAAAUGAUUGUAGCAUUCACUUCAAUUUCUGCGUUCUAUAAAUAUAAUUUAAAUGGCAAGUGAAGAUGCGAGUGAAGGGCUUUGCUUAUUUUGACGGUCGGUCGUUAAAGUGUGCCCAGUUUUUAUUUCCUUACAAACACUGAGAGAAAUACAAUAACAUUAAUUAAAUGAAAGAUUUAUGAUUUUUUAGAAGUACGAAGGUUGUUCGAAGAUAAAUUUUGUACCUUUGGUAUGAACUGCAAAUAUAACAUUCAUAUCUCGAUUCGACGGUUAAAAUGUAUUAUUAUAAUUAUUUAUAUUCCGUGAGACGAGUCUACUAUUUCUUGACUAUUUCUUCCAUUUCAAGAAUGGUUGUUAUAAUUAAAGUUAUUAGUAGCAAUGAAAAUAUCAAAUUCUAUCUACAGUCUAUGCUCAAAAUGCGCUACCAGGUAUCUGCUAUUAGUGGACUAGUCUUAAGAUAGAUACAUGAACCUUUGAAGCUUUGGAUAUUCUGUUCUGUUUAUUAAAUGCGUUUCCCUUUUCCUAUGUUUUAUUUAUUCUUACUUACUUUUCAUACGUAUUUCCCAAAUUCCUAAAUACUUUUCAAUGAAAAAUAUUCUCAGGCUUUGCACAAUUAUAGAUCUAUCUUUUAUUUAAUUUGAAUAUAACAAUGAGACACUCUCUUGGAAAGCGUCUUGAACAAUGAGAUAAAUUAAAACAUCCCGCGCUAAAUGCAUAAAUUAACCGAAAGUGUUUGCCUAACCAUCGAGCAUGGGAAGUUUUUUGAAAAGCCAAACAACAAUGCAUUCGCAAAUAAAAAGAGAUGUAACUAGAGCAAAUGCGUGAGGAAAUGUAACCAGCGUCCGUUGAUUAUACGCAUGCAGGGCUGUAUUCGCACACUGAAAAUUGUUUAAAGAUAUGUAGGUGAGGACAGGGUAGUUCGUAAAGUGGUUUAUUAACAAAAAAAAAAAAAUACGUGUUCAGGUUUUCCGACUGCCAAGUCUUCAGAAUAGUGAAAUUUUCGAUUUCUGGAGCUUCCAGUGCCAAGCUAUAUAUACCACCUUAUAUAACUGAAGUUACUGUAUAUUUUUCUCAUUUUGUGUAUGCGAUUAUUUGUGCGCGUCGCGUACUUAGCGUAUAAACUCUCCAACUGCAGUGCAAGAAUUGCUAGAAGCGCGCAUAUUUACACUCACAUUAGAAGGUGUUAAAGUAUUUAUGUGAGUAAGUACGAGCUUUGCCGCUAGCAGACAGGUAAGGCGAGUUCGCUUUGUGAGUCUUGUCAUAUGGCCGGUGAUCAUUUUCCAUUUUUUAUGGUAGCGUAAUAUUUAUAUGGUGCGCCUACGCCGGUAACCAACGACACCGGCAGCGCUCUGCACCACAAAGUAUUUUCUAUGGUGGCGUACGAAAAUCUACUAGCCGUGUCGCUUGUAACAAGAAGCCGGCGUUGAAGUGGCGAUGAUAUAAUAAACUGGCCAUAAAUGGCCGAACAAGAAGGCAAGCACGAAUGUAAAUUGAGUGAGUCUCAACAAGUACUGGCAAGAGAGCGAUAGAGUGCGCGUGAGCGCGUGGUUGAUAUGCUUGUGGGAGCGCGAAGUACACAAAUUUUAAAGCCAGCUGAGCGCUAUGGAAUCAGCUGUUUGGUAAGCGCGCUUGAUCACCUGUACGUUGGCCAGAGCACUGAGCGCGCUGAGUCGUUUUAAAAGUUAUUAUUUUUUACAUAUAUGUAUAUGUGCUCUGUGCUAUAUCUCGUGAAGUUUUUGUUUGCAUUAUUGUUUAACGCAAAAUAUGUACGCUCGGACCACCAAAAAACACGCAGCGCCAAGCAAUGGCAGCGCCAGCAACUUUUAAUGCAGCGUUUUGACUGAUUUUAAGUUUAGUUUGAAAAUUAACAGCGCGCUUGUUGGACGUUCAGGCUGUGCUUGAAGAGAUUUGUCGACGAACAUAUUGAAAUGAAUUGUAUUAAAAAAGAAUUAAAGAAAUAUUAUUAAAGUAAAAUAGUGUGCUGAUUUCUUCGACUAUCUUCUAUUAAAUACAAAUUUAAGCAUAAUAAAAAUCACUAAACAAUAAAACUUCAACACAUUUCAAAUGUGAAUUGGAUAUUUGUAAUUAAAAUUAAAAUUAUUAUAGAUAAAACUUUCGUUUUUGGUGCUUAACGUGCAAAUUUCUAAAUUUUUAAAGCAUACAAAAAAGAACAACACCAUAAAGAAAGGUUUUUACGUUGCCUACAAGUCCACAACGUCUGUACAAUACAUGUAUAUAUACAUAUAUAAAUGUAUAUACAUAUAUAAAUGUAAAUUAGCGGUUCAUCGAUUUCAUUAGCCCACCACGUGAGUGAUCGUGUUGCACACUAAAAACCCAGUGCAUACAGUCGCUCUGCAAAGUUGUUAAAAAAAGAGAAGAAGAAGCAGGAAAACCGCAAUUAACCUAAAAUUGCAAUAGUAAAAAUUAACAGUAAAAAGAAAAUUAGGCAAAAGAGUUUUUAAUUUCUUUUUAUAUUUAAUUUGCAAACAAUUCAUAAAAGUGUUUGGUGUGAAAAAAUCUCCAUUCCAAGACAGUUAAAGCGUUGUUGUAUGUUGUUGCAGUAAGUGCAAUUAAUUCGUUGCAUACAUUCAACCUAGUAAAUCAACACAAAAACCCAUCAACAACAAAAACAACACCGCGCACAAAUAUGGAUGUCGCUUGGCGUUUUCGUAUCAUGAUCUUCACCGCGAUAGCCUUGAUGUUGUUCGGCGAUUUUUACGGUUAUGGCAGUGUACGAGGCGUACAAUCGGAUACAAAUCAGGCGGCGGCAGCGGCGGCCGCCACCACCGGACCGGGCAAAUUCCAGCAGAGCGACGCGGAUAUUGAAAUUGGUGAAGACACAGAAAUCAAUGAUUUCUCAGCUGUCGCGCUGCAACGCAAACAAACCACACUCAAAUCACAAUUAACAGAUGCCAUCAAGGAGUCUUGCCUGCCAAAAAUGCUCUGCGAAAUGUCGGCAAAGCCAGAAUAUAUGCUUACCGAAAAGGAGAAGGAUCUUUUAUACUUAAUAAGAUCCUCCACCAUGUCGCUGGCAAUGAAUACUGCGCCUAGUAAAUGGCAUUUCGCCGCUCAUAUGGGCGAAUUACUUCGGUAUACAGGUGAUGAUAACAGCGGUCCCAUGGGCUGUGCAAACUUGUGGCCCAAUUGCCCUAUAAGUUCUAAGAAGUUAAUGAAAUUAUCGCAUAAAGUCAAGCUGUAAAAUAAAGCUUAAGCAACUCGUGUAAGGAAAUAUAUAAUUAAGAAUUCGACGAACACUGGGAACACUGGAAAGUCGAAACUUACAAAGGCUUACUUAAUUAAUCAAUAAGUGUUUUUUUCAAAUGGAGGGAAACAACUAAUGAUGGUCAAUAAAUUUCACUACAGUUAUAUGUAAGCUUAAAAGAACAGUUCGGUAAAACAUUGAGUAAUAUAUUUUUUUUUUGUUUUCGAUAUCUAUAAGUAGUCUUCGAUUAAAUAUACUUAUGUAGUUUCACGAGUAGCUAUUUUGUUGUACUCUCUUCUAAACGCCUUACUACUUGUAUGUAUUUAAGAAAGAAUACUUAUUCUAAAUUUAAAAUUUUUAUAUUAUAUUUCUCAAAAAGAAUUUCGAACAGUCUACUCCUAAAAGUCAGUUAAUAAUUUUAGUUUUAGAUGAGCUUUUAAUAUAGUAAACUUUUGUAAAUAUUUUUCGCUAGUUAUUUAGGUUAAAAAUUUUGAUUUUUAAGUGAAUUAUUUGAAAUCUUAAAGUAAUCAAAAAUUGUGUGCUUUUUAUUAGUUAAAAGUUGCAUUUUCUAGUUAAGUAAUUUUAAUAUAUAAGCAUUUUUGUAUUAUUUACUAAUUUCAUUUAAAAUAUUUUAUAAUAUAAAUAAUUUGUUCUCCUAUUAAAAUACGAUAAAUUACGUUUAUAUGUAAAGCGAUUAUUUCGAGUAACAAGAAGAACAAAUUAAUGACAAAUAGAAAGAAAUAAAUAAAAUAAAUAAAUUGUGAA